AUGGGAGAAUAUAAGGUAAUAAUCACAAUUGUGCACCCAUACAUCCAAGUGAAUAGCAGAGGUAACAAUAAGACUGUCCAGUUGAAGGCUUAUGCACUGCUGGUGGUUCCAGGAUUUAGCUCCAGUGGUGGGGGUUUUUUAGAUUCAUCGAGUGACACCGAUCACAUUCAACCAAACACAAAGCUGGAGCUACCAUUCUGGCUUGCCACCGCACUAUGUAACAGACGACGUCAUAUUGUGGCUGUUGACAUGCCUAAACAAUAUAAAGAGGGUUACAGGGAGAUUCUCACUGCAGAUGCCAAUGUCGUUGAUCUUCACAAACUUGGUCCAUAUUACUAUACUUUUGGUUCACAUUUAUUGUGUUUCGAGCUUCCUGAAACGCCUGACAUUGCCAAGUCGCUGUUACAGACAUUCCAGUCUAGAUUAAGAAAGAUCAUGGAUGCCUCCCAAAAUGCAUAUUAUGAGGAUACAACAAAUUUGACUGCAAAAUUAGAUGAGAUGGAAAGGGACCUUUUUAAAUGUGGCCAACAAGGACUCAGAGAUUUUCAACGAUGGGAAACAAGAGCCUCAGAACAAUUGAAAACGUCUGAAAUGGUUAUUAACCACAGGAAAAGAAAGAGAGCUGUCAUGGAGGAGACUUCCUAGUUUGAUGACCUUGAUGUUAUGGCUGGGUUUACAGUUACCAACUCCAAUUAUUCUAGACUUUU